GCUCAAGGGACACGUUUAUAUACGUACACGAAACUGUUCACUUUCACGCUUUCACAAUUAGGGCUCCCUGUGCAAGGGGCUUUGCAGAAAUCAUGAACCGGUUUGUCGCUGAUGCACAGUUAUUUCAGUAUUUGAUCGUGUUUUUCGGACUAUUCAGCUUGUCUUUGGGCCUUUACGAGGAUCAAGUGGGAAAAUUUGAUUGGAGACAAAAUUACAUUGGGAGAAUCAAGUUUGCCGAAUUUGACACAGUUUCGACUGCCAAAAAAAUCAUCGUCGCUACCGAGGAAAAUGUCGUUGCUGCACUCAACAAGUCAGGCCAAAUCUUGUGGAGGAGAAUACUGGAAAAAGGUUCUACCGGUAAAAUUCGAUAUCUGGGUGGUGUAGCAGAUGGAGAACUCAUAUCGGUCAAUGGCGGAGUACCAGCCAUAGUUCGAGCUUGGGAUUUAGCUUCGGGCCAUAUCCUCAAUGUUUGGCCUGUGGCUGAACAGAACCCUGACAGACUGGAAGAUGUGAAGUGGCACAUAAAAAAUGGGACUUUGCAUCACAUUUUGCCUCUGUACAACAGUGGAAUUGAAGUGACAUCGUUUGACAGUAAAACUGGUGAAAAAUUGAAAGUUAGAAAAGUCUCUGCGCCGUUUAUCGAUCGAGAAACACAAUGUACCUUAGCCCCGCCAUAUUUAGCAUGUCUGAAAGGCGAUGAUGCAGUUGCAAUAUUGUUCCUAGUAAAUUUGUUUGAUACCAAUGCCGAGACGCAAUCUAUAACUAUAAAUACGAUAUUCGGUGCUGGAGUACAAGGACCUUAUAAUUUGGAGUCGGUUCUUGGAGACGAAACAGUUGUGGCUAUAAGUGCAGAUAAUGGCGCGAGGAAACGGAUUCUCGUUGUUGGCGAAGUUGCGGAGCCAAUCCCCCGGGACAUUGCCGGUGAUGCUAGUCUUUACGUGACUGUAGCUGAAAAGGAAAAAGUCUUAUUGGAAACGACGUAUAAAAAUGGAAUAACGCAAAUAUCGGCUGCUGAACUCUACACCUCAAAGCCAUUACCAAGCUUAUCGUCGUCGAUUACGCACAACGCCUUGUUAUCUCCGAAAAUCAUGGCUUCGGCGUGCUCUAGGCAAGCUAAAGGCGUUGCCUGUCGACAUUUGGUAUCCUCCGAGGAUCACGGUGUCGCUUUAUUGCAACAGAACAAACUUAUGUGGUCGAGAGAGGAAGCACUCGCGAGUAUCGUUGCUGUAGAGAUUCUCGAGUUACCGAUGUCUGAUCGCGAUCAGACCAUUGAGACUGAAUUUGAUAAAAAAGAGAGUAUUGAUGUAGACGGUUCAUGGGAUAUAAUAGGAAUGUUUGUGAGAAGAAUAAGUGCCCAAGCGAAUCAAGUGAAAAUACUGCUGCAAACUGUUUUUGGAGUAAUUCCACAGCUGUCCAGUCAGCGAGCUGAUUUGGUGAGAGAUCAAUUUGGACUCCACAAAAUGAUCGUUGCCGCCACUUCCGCUGGAAAAUUGUAUGGUAUCGAAACGAGGAAAGGCGAAAUAAUAUGGCAGUUGAGAGUCGGUAACAUCGGUGGUUUGACAAAAGAUUCUAACGCCAUGAUCCUUUACGUUCAGCGAGGAAGUAUUCAUUUUCCACAUCCUCCUCAGUGUGCUCUGUUGGCCACGGACAAGAAUUCUGGCGAAGGGAUUAUUUAUACGUUCAACCCAAUAACUGGACAACCUUUAGGUGGAAUUGAAAAAUUGGGUUACAACAUUAAACAAUCGAUGUUAUUACACGCGGCAAACGAAGAUUUUCUUCGUCCUAUAAUAAUAUUGGACAGUCGUGAUAAAAUUCACGUGUACCCUGAGAGUGCUACAGCUGUCGCUGCUGCGGUGGGCAAAAGCACGUAUCUUUUCACAGCCGAUCGCACGACCGGUGUACUUUCCGGUUUCGCGCUCUCUUACAGCACACCUCAAGAAUUAAUCGCUCACAAAGUAUGGGAAUUGGUUCUCUCGCCAAAGUCACAAAAAAUAAGUCGGGUUGUUGCGAAAAAUCCGCUCGAACGGGUUCACUCACAAGGACGCGUAUUGGGCGACCGUUCUGUACUUUACAAAUACAUAAAUCCUAAUCUUGUUGUUAUUGUCACUGAAGGCGAUGGAAGUGCAUACAAAAAUACCCUGAAUUUGUAUCUAUUGGACGUGGUGUCAGGAGCGAUGAUAUUUUCGAUUGUUCACAAACGCGUAAGAGGACCGAUUCACGUAGUUCAUUCGGAAAAUUGGGUGUUAUACAGUUAUUAUAACGAGAAAAGCCGAAGAACUGAAAUCGCUGCGCUAGAACUGUACGAAGGAAAAAUGCAAAGCAACACUACAGUGUUUUCCUCGUUGACGACUACGAGAUUACCAAUCGUUGAGAGACAAGCAUUCAUAUUCCCAGCAUCAAUUGAAUCAAUGCGCGAAACCAUCACCGAGAAAGGGAUAACGAGCAAACAUAUAUUAGUGUCAUUAGCAAACGGUGGCAUUUUGGAGUUGCCUUGGAUGAUGGUGGAUCCAAGAAGGCCUACUAAUCCUGAAAUCAAGGAGGAAGGUGUCAUUCCAUAUACCCCAGAAAUACCUAUACACAUGGACGCCAUUGUUAACUAUAACCAAAGUGUAUACAGGGUUUCAUCGAUUCAUACCAGUCCCAGUGGCCUUGAGAGUACCUGCUUAGUUUUCGUGCACGGUCUCGAUCUCUACUACACCAGAGUCGCACCGUCCAAAAACUUCGAUGUACUCAAAGAAGACUUUGAUUACUAUCUGAUUGUGAUAGUUCUGGCGGCUCUGUUGAUAUCAUCCUAUGUAACGAAGAAAUUAGCGUCACAGAAAGCACAGAAGCAAGCGUGGAAGUGAAAAUGAUUCUGUUCUCUAGAUACUGAGAAGCCAAAAUGUGAAAUUUCUUUAUUCAUCACUAUUCACUCGAUAGACAAUGCUGUUUAGCUGAAGGUAUAAUUUAUAUAUAAAUAUAUUUAAAAAAAACAUACGAAACAAAAAACAAGAAAACAAAAUACAAAGAUACGCAUCAUUUUGUAAGUGGAUUAUCGAUAUUUAAACGAUACAGUUGAAAAUACGUUGUUAAAUAUCUUUCCAAAGAUCUUAUCGGAUAGACGAAUUUAGACGUAAGUAUCACUUCGUAUUGAAAACAAACAGCAUUUAUAUACAGUUUUCGCACAUGAUGCUAUUCUCGUUAUUUCCAUGGAGAUUCCCGAGAUCGCCGAGUGUGUUUAGUCACCAGUUAGGAAUGAAGUGGACCACGUUUAUGAAAGGAUAAUAAAAUAUUAACGAACAUAA